AUAAUUUAUUUUUAUUUGCAAAAAUGGUAGUUCGUUUAUUAAUUAAUUUUUUAAUAAUAAUUAGGUUGGAUUUGAUUUUGACACUACGGUAUCACGCAAAAGAAAACGAAGUGAUGCAAAAAAUCCUACAUGUCAAAAAAUGAUUGGCUACUGUCACGUGGCAAGUAAUAUCAUUGGUUGAAACAGGUCGAACAGCAAAGCGUAAGUGUUGUAUCACAUUUUUCACUCUUCUCUUUCAACAGAAACGAGUUAUCUAUUUAGAUCUCAAAACUCAAACCCAAUUUUCAUUACACAGAAAAAGAGUUAGGGUUUGGAAAAUUCACAAACAGUGAAACAGAAACUAACAGCAAUGGUUGAACGUAAGAAUAUCCCUAUGGCUAUGGGGCUAUUUGCGAUGCUCGUUUUCUUCAUUGCUUCUUCUUCCUUUGUUCAUGCUUCUGAUGAAGCUGACGAUGCGAUCUUUUAUGAAUCGUUCGAUGAGGAUUUUGAUAGCCGUUGGAUUGUAUCUGAAAAGGAAGAAUACAAUGGUGUCUGGAAGCAUUCAAAGAGUGAAGGGCAUGAUGAUUUUGGACUUCUUGUUAGUGAACCAGCUAGGAAGUAUGCUAUAGUUAAGGAGCUUGAUGCGCCUGUCAAUCUUAAGGAAGGAACAGUUGUUCUUCAGUUUGAGACUCGCCUUCAGAGUGGCCUUGAAUGUGGUGGUGCUUAUAUUAAAUAUCUUCAACCCCAGGAGAGUGGUUGGAAGCCCAAGGGAUUUGACAAUGAAUCUCCUUACUCAAUCAUGUUUGGUCCAGAUAAGUGUGGAGCAACAAACAAGGUGCACUUCAUCUUCAGGCAUAAGAAUCCAAACACUGGGAAGUAUGUUGAACACCAUCUUAAGUUCCCCCCUUCUGUCCCAUCUGACAAACUAUCUCACGUGUACACUGCUAUUCUAAAUGAUGAUAAUGAGGUGAGAAUUUUAAUCGACGGAGAGGAGAAGAAAAAGGGAAAUUUCUUAUCUUCUGAAGAUUUUGAGCCUUCCCUUAUCCCUUCCAAGACAAUCCCAGAUCCUGAUGACAAGAAACCGGAAGACUGGGACGAGAGAGCCAAAAUUCCAGACCCAGAAGCUGUCAAGCCAGAGGACUGGGAUGAGGAUGCACCCUUGGAAAUUAUAGAUGAAGAAGCCGAGAAACCUGAAGGAUGGUUGGAUGACGAGCCAGAGGAAAUAGAUGACCCAGAGGCAACAAAACCUGAAGAUUGGGAUGAUGAGGAGGAUGGUUUAUGGGAAGCUCCCAAAAUUGAAAAUCCAAAGUGUGAAUCAGCCCCUGGUUGUGGUGAGUGGAAGAGACCAACAAAGAGGAACCCAGCUUAUAAGGGAAAAUGGAGUGCCCCCUAUAUUGAUAACCCAGCUUAUAAGGGUAUAUGGAAGCCUCAGGAGAUUCCAAACCCAGAGUACUUUGAACUUGAGAAACCCGACUUUGAGCCUAUCGCUGCUAUUGGCAUUGAAAUUUGGACAAUGCAAGACGGCAUUCUAUUUGACAAUGUUCUGAUCGCCAAAGAUGAUAAGAUUGCAGAGUCCUAUCGUGAAACUACAUGGAAACCCAAGUUUAACAUUGAGAAAGAGAAACAAAAGGCUGAAGAGGAGAAGGCGGCAGCUGAGUUAGAGGGUAUUGCCGGAUACCAGAAGAAGGCAUUUGACCUCUUGUACAAGAUCGCAGACAUUCCCUUCUUGAGUGGCCAGAAAGAUAAGAUUAUUGAAAUCAUUAAAAAGGGAGAGGAGCAACCAAAUCUGACUAUUGGAAUUAUCGCUUCCGUUGUGAUUGUCUUCCUGACAAUUCUCUUCAGGCUACUCUUCGGUGGAAAGAAACCUGCUAAGGUGGAGCCAAAGGUGGAGAAGAAGACCAACACUGAAACUUCCAGUAGCCAAGCUGCUGGAGAGAAUGAAGACAACAAAGAAAAGGAGGAAACAGCCAAUCCUCCACGUAGAAGGCCAAAGAGAGACAAUUGAAAUGAUUGAAACUUAUAGGGGCUGCCCAUUAAGUAUCAUCAUGAGUGGUUAAUUUUGGGCUUAGUUGGAAUUUAGGUGCACUUUGUUUUCAUUUUUCUUUUUUGUUUCUUCGAAAGAUUAUACUAAGGAGUAUAUUUGUUCUCCUUGUUGGAGACUGAGUGUUUGACUAAUUGUAGUGUACAAUUAUUUUUUGUCAUCUUUUUUAGUAAUGAAUUAUGUUUUUCACAUA